ACAUGCCGGCGGACACCCUGGAGAAGCCCACCGCCUCCCCCAUCGCGGGGGCUCCGGCCAGUUCCAGCCAAACCCCUGACAAACCCAAGAGCGCCAGCGAGCACAGAAAGUCAUCCAAACCAAUCAUGGAGAAGCGACGGCGUGCCAGGAUCAAUGAAAGUUUGGGUCAGCUCAAGACACUCAUCCUGGAUGCCCUAAAGAAAGAUAGCUCUAGGCACUCCAAACUAGAGAAAGCUGAUAUCCUGGAAAUGACAGUGAAACACCUGCGGAACCUGCAGCGAGCCCAGAUGACAGCUGCCCUGACCGCUGAUCCUACGGUGCUGGGCAAAUACCGGGCUGGAUUUAAUGAGUGCAUGAAUGAAGUCACCCGUUUCCUCUCUACCUGCGAAGGGGUGAACACGGAUGUCCGUAGCCGGCUGCUGAACCACCUCUCUGCUUGUCUCGGUCAGAUCGUGGCCAUGAACUACCCGCCCCCUCCGCCUCCAGCCUCAAAUGGACAGCCCUCACAUCUGGCUCAACCUCUGCAUGUCCAGUUGCCAGGCCCACCAGCUGGAGCCAUGCCAAUGUCCUGCAAACUGAACCCCAGUGAAACCUUGUCCCCAAAGGUCUAUGGGGGUUUUCAACUGGUGCCGGCAACCGAUGGCCAGUUUGCAUUCCUCAUUCCCAACCCAGCCUUUCCGCCUGGCACCGGGCCAGUGAUACCACUAUAUGCCAAUGCAAACAUGCCAGUUUCUUCCAGCAGUUCGUCAACAACUCCUUCAGUGUCCCCGGUGCAAGGACUCACAUCAUUUGGGGGGAGUUUAGCACCUGUGUCCCAAGCUGGAGGGGACCGUGGUGAAUCUGUCUGGAGACCCUGGUGACUCCCUUUUAACUGCCCCCCAAGACCCUGAAAAUAUCUGAAUUUUGGUUCCGUUGUAUGGAACUUGAUUUGUGUGUGUUUGUUUUUAAAAAUUCUUUUCCAAUUCUUUAUUUAUUCAUUUCCAAAGGAUGGGAUUUUAGUAUUUUUACUUUUUUAAAAAAAUUAAAA